AAGAUACUUGUCAACAGUGUUCCUUGUGUUGUAGUCACGUCAACACAGUCAUGAAGAAAUUUACCGCCGUAGUGUUGCUGUUGUGCGUCUCCAUCGUUGUUAGUGGGAAAUUACGUCAAAUAGGUGAUAAUGGCGCCAGCCAGCCAAAAGAAGCUUCAGCACAGCAGAAGAUGCUUACGCAGAAAUUGGCAGCUCUUCGGCAAAGAUCGACAGCGGACGCCGGUCCCAAGAAACUAUCAGAAGGUGAAGUGCAGCCGCCAGCAGGCACGUCACCUUUAGCUAAGAUGAAGAUCAUCCCCAAGGUGACUCACGUCCAGCAAGUCCCUCAGACUCUGCCGAAGUCCAAGGUCCCUACUGUGGAAUCGAAGUCCAAGGUCCCUGCUGUGGAAUCGAAGUCCAAGGUCCCUGCUGUGGAAUCGAAGUCCAAGGCCCCUGCUGUGGAAUCGAAGUCCAAGGCCCCUGCUGUGGAAUCGAAGUCCAAGGCCCCUGCUGUGGAAUCGAAGUCCAAGGCCCCUGCUGUGGAAUCGAAGUCCAAGGCCCCUGCUGUGGAAUCGAAGUCCAAGGCCCCUGCUGUGGAAUCGAAGUCCAAGGCCCCUGCUGUGGAAUCAAAGUCCAAGGCCCCUGCUGUGGAAUCAAAGUCCAAGGCCCCUGCUGUGGAAUCAAAAUCAAAGCCCCACACUGUGGAAUCAAAAUCAAAGCCACCCGCUGUGGAAUCGUCAGAACCAGUCGAACCUCCAGCACAAGCCGAGCCUCCAGCGCCAGCCGAGCCUCCAGCGCCAGCCGAGCCUCCAGCGCCAGCCGAGCCUCCAGCGCCAGCCGAGCCUCCAGCGCCAGCCGAGCCUCCAGCGCCAGCCGAGCCUCCAGCGCCAGCCGAGCCUCCAGCGCCAGCCGAGCCUCCAGCGCCAGCCGAGCCUCCAGCGCCAGCCGAGCCUCCAGCGCCAGCCGAGCCUCAAGCGCCAGCCGAGCCUCAAGAGCCAGCCGAGCCUCAAGCGCCAGCCGAACCUCAAGCACCAGCCGAGCCUCCAGCACCAGCCGAGCCUCCAGCGCCAGCCGAGCCUCCAGCGCCAGCCGAGCCUCCAGCGCCAGCCGAGCCUCCAGCGCCAGCCGAGCCUCCAGCGCCAGCCGAGCCUCCAGCGCCAGCCGAACCUCCAGCGCCAGCCGAACCUCCAGCGCCAGCCGAGCCUCAAGCGCCAGCCGAGCCUCAAGAGCCAGCCGAGCCUCAAGCGCCAGCCGAACCUCAAGCACCAGCCGAGCCUCGAGCACCAGCCGAGCCUCGAGCACCAGCUGAGCCUCAAACGCCAGCCGAACCUCAAGCGCCAGCUGAGCCUCAAGCGCCUGCCGAACUUCAAGCGCCAGCCGAGCCUCAAGCGCCAGCCGAGCCUCAAGCACCAACUGGUAAAAUUAAAGAAAAUCCCAGUACAAACACACACAAGCCUGUCGAAACAAAAGAAAAGCCUGAUACUAAAAUUUCGCCAAAAGCCGUUGACGGGACAACACAAAAGCCAUUUACGAGAGGUAAACAAAAUCUUAAGAAAACACAAAAGCCUCAUGAAACAGCUUCUCAAAAGCCCACUAAGAGGCUUACCCCCAAAACUAUUGAAAAGUCGUCACAAAAGCCUAGUGAAGACAUUAACCACAAUCCUGUGAUCUCAAAAGGCCCCGGGAAAAUAAAAGGCUUUACCUUGAGACCCGAACCUAGUGAAGGAACGAAACAAAAGGUUUCUGUAAAAACACAACAGAAGUCAGAGGAAACCAGAAAAAAGGCGCAGCUGAAAACUGUUCCAAAACUUGGAGUCGAGACAAAAAUCUCUGGAGUAAAGGGCAGCGACCAGCCCUCAGCGCCCAACCCAGAAAAAAUGGUGUUACCUGCUGUUACCAUGGAUAACGACCACCAGGCCAUGAACCAUGAACUUCCAGACCAACACCACCAACAAGCUAAAUCAGUACAGCUGAACAUAGAACAAGGAAUAAACAGUCACACCAAGGUAGUCCUGGUGUCCAUUACUGUCAUCACCUUGGCUCUCAUAGCCACCGUCCUGGGGGUCUGGUUCAGGAAGAUCAGUCUGCACAACCAGAGGUACGGAGGUCACAUUCUUCUGACUGAUGAAGAUGAGGAGUACGGUGUCUUCAACCGCCUCACCUACAACUCUCCGGAGGUCACUUACGAUUCCUGGAAGACCCAGUCUUAUUGACCUUUGGAUGGACACCAACAGCUUGUUUCUUCAAGGAUAUGGUACCUUUCCUUCCUGGAAGGAUGGAACACCAACUAACCUUACCUUCCUGGAAGGACGGAACAACUACCCGUACCUUCCUGGAAGGACGGAGCACCAGCCAAUCUUACCUUCCUGGAAGAAAGGAGCACCAACCUUAUCUUCCUGGAAGAACCAGUUUUACCAGCUAGCCGCUGGAAGGAUGGGAAACCAGCCAGUUCUUUAUCCUAGGAAAAAUAUAAAUUUAACCAUUUCUUGAUUUCUGGAAAUAUGGGACUAAAUUACUCCUGAAGAGAAUACUGCAUUUAGCAAGAGUGCCUCAUGUACUAACCUUUCUUGAUCGAAAUAUGAUUUUUAUGCAAUUCCCUUAAUGAUCUUGCCGAUAAUACCACAUAGUUCAACUCCUCUGGGAGUUAGACAUCAUAGAGAAUGAACGUAUUAACACCCAAGGUAUUUCCGUUAAUAAUAGUUAGUUUCUUUUACUCAUAUAGAAGCAUUGCCAUGCCAAUACGUUACUAUAUUCUUAAAUCUGGACUUACUCAACUUGAAGUCAUUGUUUCUAGUCCUUUCUUGGCUAGAUAAUUUAGAAUUUAGUACAUAUUUUCCUUAUCAAUAUGUCUUCCAUUUAUACACCUCGAUCCCUUUUCUUAUUCUACGUCUUGGUAAAAAGCAUCGGGUCAGGUAUCUCGAUUCCUCAUAUGUGGAAUUCACACCUAUUUUCUUUGUUUCGAAUGAUGGUAAUGUCCAGUUGAGUUUUAUAAUCUAAAUGUGGCCUUACCAAUAAUGUAGAAAGUUGUUAUAAACUUGGUAUAUUGGUUUAUUAUUAUAUUUUAAUAUAAAUAUCUGUAGUGUAUAAGUCUUACUGUAAACACGUAGGUUCUACCGUCUUUAUUCCCUGGUUCUGCUAGUCAGAACUCCUAAGCUCUUUUCGUAUGGUAUGGUCAAGUUCGGUAUUACAUAUAGGUACCAGGGUUUAUUAUUCUGCUAGGACUAAGACUUGUUCAUGUGAAUUUACAUCACUCACUAUUGUGAGCCUCAACUUAGGUUUAUCCAAGUCAUUCUGCGUCUCCUUGAGCCGCAGAAUAUGGACAGUAUGAAGGCCCUUCGAGGACACCUUGAGGAAAUGAACAUGAAUACGUAUACUUAGGACACCUUUAUUGACGACGUUUUGGUCCUCGGAUCUUGAUCACUUAAUCACUGUGUUGAUUUGUUUCAAUGUUGCCAGAAAAUUUUGGAUUAAAAGCAACGGGGACCUCAGCGCUGACUUCUGUUGAACUCCACUUGUGAAUGCUCCCAAUUUCGAUUUUUCCUCGUAGAAGAUUUCUUUUGUAAUUACGUUGGUAGAAUUACCGACAGUAUGUUAGGUAAAAUGACACAAGUGGCAACGUUUCACUCUCCUGGAGCUUUGUCCAGCGAAACGUUGCCGCAAUAAAAUGUCACAUUAGUUGCACUUGUGUCCUUUUACCAAACUCUGUCGUCUCUCAUCCACGAGUCAUAUGAGAAUUUGUUUUGCAACACCGUGUACUGCUACGUCAUGUCUGAUGUGUGAGGUAACAUCAGCAGUAGUAUUGAAGCGCUGGUCAAUACAAGGUACUUGGUCCUUCGCUUAGUGAAGACAGCGUUGACCGACUCGGUGGCGUCACUAGGGUUGGUGUCACCCGGGACGGAAUCUUUGGUGCCACCCGGGACGGAAUCUUUGGUGCCACCCGGGACGGAAUCUUUGGUGUCACCCGGGACGGAAUCUUUGGUGUCACCCGGGACGGAAUCUUUGGUGUCGCCCGGGGUGGAAUCUUUGGCGUCACCCGGGGUGGAAUCUUUGGUGUCGCCUGGGACGGAAUCUUUGGUGUCGCCCGGGAUGGAAUCUUUGGUGUCACCCAGGAUGGAAUCUUUGGUGUCGCCCGGGGUGGAAUCUUUGGUGUCGCCCGGGACGGAAUCUUUGGCGUCACCCGGGACGGAAUCUUUGGUGUCGCCCGGGGUGGAAUCUUUGGUGUUGCCCGGGACGGAAUCUUUGGUGUCACCCAGGACAGAAUCUUUGGUGUCACCCGGGACGGCUCCCCCCUUCCUUACGACGCCACUGGACCCACUAUAUUGAGUAUCAGAAAUAAGCUCUUUCUGAAUAUUGUAACUAGACCAUAGUUACGACUGUACCAGACAGUAAUUCUGGAAGCUUGGAAUCUGUCUUGACCUAUUUUUGUACAGCUCUUAGCUGUUAGUGUUACCUAGUUAGUGUUACCUAGUUAGUUACUGCCAUUGACCUUGAAUUUUAGCGGUCCAUUUUUACGGCUGCCAGUGUAUUUAUCAAGUACUCUGGUUGUCUGUACAGAAAUUAUAAAAGGUGAUCACAGGCUGUCUGUAUAUGGUUUACAGUGGUUUGCAGUUCAGUUUCCAGUGGAGGAUGAGUAAAAAUCUCCCCAAAAAAACACCUGUCGUCAGAAAAAAACAUCUAUGACAACUCCCACUUUGUAUGAGGCCUGGUCAACUACCGGGCCACGGGGGCGCUGACCCCAACCCCCCCCCUCCCUUAGGUAGACCCCAAGUAGAUGUAAAAAAAGCAUCAGCAUAGGUAAUUGACAUUACUCAGAAUAUCUGAUUUCGAUUUUAGGAAGUUAUUAAUAUAUUAAACAGUGUAGGACUUAAUAUAGCACCUUGAAUGCAAAGCUACAUUAUUUUAGCUUCACUUUUAUAGCUCUGAAAUAAAAUGGGUAUUGUUUUAUUGAGAUAACGAAGAAUCUAGUGUAAACGUAGACUGCCAAUAUCUGUCUUUGGUAGUUUAGUGCAUUAUAGCUUCUCAAUUUGCAAUAUCUAAAUCAUUUUUAAUAUCCAAGAAAGAAUCAUA